AUGGCAGUAACAAAUAAAAAUCCAAAAAAAGGAGACAAAAGCAAAGUUAAAAAAAUUAAAAAAGUCGCUGAAGGGCGAGGAAUUAUCCACGGCAAGUUCAGUUUCAACAAUACUAUUUUGCGACUAACCAAAGAAAAUGGUGAUGCACUAGGAAAAACAAUUAGCGCUGGAAGCAUCGGCUUUAAAAACACUAAAAAAGGCACUCCGUAUGCUGCCCAAAAAGUCGCUGAAGAAGUUAUUAAAAGAGCAGCCGAGUAUGGCAUUAGUAAUGUUGAAACACAAGUGAAAGGAAUUGGUGCAGGACGGGAUGCGGUAAUGAAAAGAAUAUUGGAGGAAAAAUCCUUAAAUAACGAGGCAUGA